ACUGAACAAGACAGCUCCAGCUACAUCUCUCCGUGGACCACUUGAGACUCGCCAGGGACCUUGAGGGGAAAAAAUUUUUAAAGGAUGGAUUCUGAAGACUGUUCUAUAACGGAAAAUAGCUCUUCACGUCUGGAGAGAGGGCAGAAGGACCAUGGCACCAGUAUACAUUUUGAGGAGCAUCAUGAAGGAUCCAUUCAAGUUUCUAUCCCUUGGGCUGUGUUAAUAGUGGUCCUCAUCACGUCCUUAAUAAUAGCUCUCGUUGCCCUAAAUGUGGGCAAGUACAAUUGCCCAGGCUUGUACGAGAAGUUGGAAUCAUCUGACCACCAUGUUGCUACCUGCAAGAAUGAGUGGAUUUCAUACAAGAGCAAGUGUUACUUUUUCUCCACCACAACCAAGAGUUGGGCCUUGGCCCAACACUCUUGUUCUGAAGAUGCUGCUACUCUUGCUGUAAUUGAUUCAGAAAAGGACAUGACAUUUCUGAAGCGAUAUUCUGGUGAACUGGAACAUUGGAUUGGGCUGAAAAAUGAAGCUAAUCAGACAUGGAAAUGGGCAAACGGCAAAGAAUUUAACAGCUGGUUCAACUUGACGGGGUCUGGGAGGUGCGUGUCUGUGAACCACAAAAAUGUUACCACUGUGGACUGUGAGGCAAACUUCCACUGGGUCUGCAGCAAGCCCUCCAGAUGACGAGGAAGCAUAGAUGUAUAAAUGACUGUGCCAUAGCACCACAGGAAAGUUGUGUGACUGGAUACUGCUCUGCGGUUGAAUUUUCCACAAAGACUGCACAAGCCAACUUUAUGUCAUCCUGGAUCAACUCCAGAUAGGACUGUGGGACAUGAGGAAGAAGAUCCAGGAAGAUCCCUUGACCUGGAGCUGAAACUGUCACCAACUGACUGCUAAUCACAUCAAGGAUGAGAGGAUGGCUAUGAAGCCUCAUCAACGCACUUUAUUUUUUUAAACCUAGAAUGAAUAGAACUGACUAGCUUUAGAGUUUCUAUUUAUUGCCGAGUGACUGCUACAGCCAGUGCCUUUACGCAUUUGCACUAUUUGGAGGGGUUUCAGUGGCAGGAAGAGCUGAAUGUAGAUACAGGAAGAUUUGACUGAUUCGUGAUUUUCUUAAAUUCAAAAAGCAUUCACAGGUAGAACAAUGCUUAUGAAACCAAGCUUUGCAGUAAGUCCAUCUAUUUACAGAACCUUUGCCUCAUUAUUUUGUCAACUGUUCUCCCCCAAAGAGUAAGAGUGGCCUUUUCUUUAACUUCCUCCGUGUAGACAGCUAAUUUUCAAUGGUACAUAUUUCUUAACCUUUAAAAACCUCUGUAGCAUAUUUCAAGGAAGAAACAAAAGCAUGGCAUAUGAGUAAUAUUUGUAGAGCAGAUUUCAAAGUGCUGGAAAGAAAAGUGCAAUACGUGUCGUGGCAGAUCUCUGUCAGGACACACACCCUGUGGUUUGACUUUGGAGUAACUCCAGUCUUGUCACAUAACCUGUUUGUGUCUUUCCCAGUCCUUUGUCCAAAGUAUUUCCCAUGUGCAAUAAAGUGUUUAUGUACUUGUUUGUGUUUUAAAACCCACUAUAAAGUUUAAGCUGUUUCUAUGUAUGUGAAAAUAAAAGAAUAGAUACAUGGUU